CCGGACUUGAAUCGAUUCGUCAAUUCAAGUUUUAUAUCCCCCAAAGCCCCUACUUAUCUCCCUCUUCCACACACACCCUCUCCCUCACACCACACACAAACAUUUUACACUUUCUCUCUCUAUACUCUCUCUCUAACCCUAGAAGGAUUCGCCAUGAAAGGAGGCAGGUCGAAGGCUGAAACGAAAAAAACUGAUAGCAAGUUGUCGGUGAAGAAGAGAGGAGCACCGAGCGAAAAGGCCAGCAAGAAGCCGGCCAAGAAAGGGAAGGCUGCGAAGGAUCCCAACAAGCCCAAGAGGCCUGCGAGCGCCUUCUUCGUUUUCAUGGAGGAAUUUAGGAAGACUUUCAAGGAGAAGCACCCUAACAACAAAUCUGUCUCCGUUGUUGGUAAAGCUGGUGGAGAUAAAUGGAAAUCCAUGUCGGAAGCUGACAAAGCUCCAUAUGUAGCAAAGGCAGAAAAAAGGAAGACUGAAUAUAACAAGACCCUCCAGGCUUACAACAAGAAAAUGGCUGAGGGAGCAAAUGCAGCUGAUGAUGAGGAAGAGUCCGACAAGUCGAGGUCCGAGGUGAACGAUGAGGAUGACGAAGAUGAGAGUGGAGAGGAAGAAGAUGAUGAUGAGUAAAUUGCUUGCUUGUAGAUUUCGGGAGCAAGUUGUGUAGGAUAAGGAUUUCCAGAAUAUGUUGACCCAGUCAUUUUCAUCCGUUAGUUUAUCUUGAUAAUAGUUGUUUUUUUUAUUUUUCUUUUUUAGGGGCUAAAAAAAAAUUAGUUUCUGAGUUUCAUGAAACUCAUCAAUAUGGCUAUGUAUUUCCAUGUUGUUCUUAAACUUCAAUGAUUAAUCUAGUGUUUAUUUUCUGUUGAA